UUGGAAUCCCAGAGGGAUCUGUUAUUCUGAAAUUAGGGAUCUAAAUGGGAUUCUAUUCCCCCAGGACCAGGGAUCAACUGGGAUUCUAUUCCAGCAGGAUUCUGGCACCUCUGCUCUUUCUAAGAGAAUUUACGGAGUGAGCCAAUCUGGAGAGGAGAGAAAAAGAACAGGCAGUGGAAUCAGGAUGUGGAAUUUGUCCUUACUGAGCCGAGGCUAUGGAGAACUGGUGAACAGGGAGCACGAACGCCUGGACGUUUAUUUUGAAGCGCAGGAUUAUUUUAACUGGAGGUCUUGGAGGAAUACUGACUGUAUCUCCCUCAAGCUGUACAAUUCCAAAGACUUCGUACAUGAUUACCACAACUCAGCAGUUCCAAAAACCUUCAGCACGCGAAGAGGAGCCCUGGUUCUCUACUCCGAGGACUUGGCUUUGCGAACAUGGCAGCGGCAGUAUGGAGCAAAAUGGAGGCAGGCAACUCGGCUUCGACUCAGCACCCUGAGUGAUCUGGCCAGGGCUGUCCUUGCAUAUGGACGGAAAGAGAAUGGUUCAAGUCGAAACCAAAUAGAACCUUAUCUACACUUCCUCAUUGGGCACAAGAAUCGCCCAGGGAACCGCAAAAUCCGUCCUGGUUACUCAGCGAAGAGGUACCUCACCUGCUUGACUGAGACCUGCGACCCUAGCCUCCUGCACCGGCUGCAAGGCUCAGGUUGUAUCCGUGACCUGAGCUUACUGAGAGGAAUUUCCCUGAACUCACUCCUUCUCCAUCAGACUAAAUGUGACCUUUCUGAGGUGCCCAGACCAUAUCAAGUCCUUCCCUGCCUUCCCUUUUCUCCCCACUACCAGAACUGGCCAGAUUUGGAAGAGGAGGAGGAGGAGGAGAAUGGGGAAGAGCAUGGUCUUGAUGCAGCCUCCACGUAG